AUGAAGAGGAGGCAUGCAACGAAACAAGAAAAGCAGGAGGAGACAUGUAACGAGGUCAAAAUACAGUACAUGAGCCCAGCUGAGAUAGCCAAUAAUAACAGAUACGUCAACCUUGCCCGAACUAAGAUAGCAACUCUAUCACGGCUUACCAAAAGCAUACUCGAUAACAAUGGGAACUCUGAUAGCGAGGAUAACUCUACAUAUAAAUGA